AAUUGAUAAAAUAGCGUUAAACUUUUUGGCUUGGUUCGUUUGUAUAUCAGCCGCGACGGAGUGAUGGUGGGUUAUUUUCAGUACGUCAAAAUAAAGAUGGGCAGAAUUUCCUUUCUCUGCCUACUUUUAGGAAUAUAUGUAGAUUAUGCAUCCUCUAUUGGAACGAACUUCACAUUGGUGGCUUCAAGCAAUGUUGUCGACGCUGGUACAUCAGUUACUCUCACCUGUACGGCUGUUGGUAACAUCGAAUUAACUUGGAACGGUCCAGAAGGCCGAAUUACUAUUUUCAUGAAUCCUUGUUUUAGAUUAAUUGAAACAGAACCCGCUGACAUAACUCGUUUUGUUAUAACCUGCGGGUCCGGGUCACAACAAUCCAGUACAAUUAGUAAUCUGACAAUCACUAGUUUUGACCCAGGGAGGGAUAAAGGUAUGUGGGAAUGUUAUGAUGGCGGCCCAUUUACCGUCGGCGUAACCUCUGCAUACACAUCAUUGACUUCCCCAGAGACUGGUAUCCAAAAUAUACAGAUAACCUCAUGGCCUGGUUUUAUAACAGCGACAAAUCAACUAACAUUGUUAGAAGAAGAGAGUGAGACUUUAGCAUGUACAGCUGAAUGUACUGGUACUUGUCAGUAUACAUGGAUGAAAGGUGGUGAAUUAGUAGCAUCUACAAGUCAACUUCCGCUGAAUAAUAUCAACUCGACUAUGUCAGGACUUUAUAUAUGCCAUGCAUCUUAUAACGGUACGGAAUUGACUAAAAACCUACAAGUAAUCGUCUUUUCAAGAGAUUUUAUUAAAUUUGAUCCACCAGGAGAUUCAAUAACAUUAUUUGAAGGGCAGACCAUUUCUAUAAAUUGCUCAACUGAAAAACAUUAUAUGUGCAACCAAUUUGGGUAUAUGUGCCAGAACUUUUGGGAUGCUUUAACUUAUGUGGAAAUAUUUAAUCCCAGUAAUACAAAUAUUUUUGUGAUUAACAACGCAACUGUGUCGCAAGCUGGAAUAUAUAGAUGCAUUUAUACUGAAGACGAAGAAACAUUUAAUACUCACUGGAUUACUUAUAGAACUUUACCAAUACAAGUCUUAGUUCCAUAUGGGCCAUCAACGGUAGAAAUAACACCAUCAUCAGAUCCAGUAACAAUAACAAGUGGAGAAUCUCUAAGCUUCAACUGUUCUGCUGAUUGUCAACCCGGUUGUAAUUAUACAUGGAAAUAUAACAAUGUUAUUGUCUCUAAUAUUGCUACUUAUAUCAUCAGUACCAUUAGUACCGGUCAAAAUGGCACCUAUACUUGUACAGCAACCAACAUUGUAGGAAGUAUGACGCAAUCUACUAAUGUUGAAGUGAAUUAUGCACCAUCAUCCGUAGUAAUAACACCAUCAUCAGACCCAGUAACAAUAACAAAUGGAGAAUCGCUAAGUCUCGUCUGUUCUGCUGAUUGUCAACCAGAUUGCUUUUAUAAAUGGACAAAUAACAAUGUUACGGUUUCUACUAUGGCUGUUUAUACCAGCAAUAAUAUUAGUACAAGUCAAAGUGGUAUCUAUACUUGUACUGUGUUCAAUAUACUAGGAACUGAGUCAAAAUCCACGAAUGUUGUAGUAAAUGCUCCUUCAGUACAGUUACCAAACAUGACAUUAGUAGCAUCCGAAACCACAGUUACAACAGGUUCUUCAGUGACCUUAACCUGUUCUGCAUUUGCCCAAGACGAAUUAAGCUGGUUAGGUCCAUCUCGUGUGAUCACAAACUUCAUGAAUGGGAAUGGGUGUUUUAGAUUGAGUGAAACAGACGCCCCUGAUAUAAGCCAUAUAUCAAUAACAUGUGGUUCUGGAAGUGGUGCAUUAAGCGAUUGGACAAUAAGUAUUCUAACUAUAAACAACUUCGACCCAGGGAGAGAUACAGGAUAUUGGGGAUGUUCAGAUUUUACAAAAUCUAUAGGUGAUAGUGUGUAUUUGAAUUCAACAGACGCUGGAAUAAAAAAUAUUAAGAUAACAUCUUCAACUGGUUUUAUAUCUGCUACCAACGACCUAACUUUACUAUCCGAGGAAUCCGAUGUUUUAACUUGUACAGCCGAAUGUACUGACAUCUGUCAAUAUAAAUGGAUGAAAGGAACUGAUUUAGUAGCAUCAACAAGUCAGCUUUCGUUAAAUAAUAUCAACGCUACUCUUGGAGGGCUGUAUACAUGUAUUGCCACUUCUAAUGGUUCGGAACUAAAACGCUCAUUAGGAAUAUAUGUUCAAGACAGAAGUUCCAUAACAAUCAAUCCACCGAGUGAUAUUAUAACAGUUAUUGAAGGCGACAGUAUAACAAUAACGUGUUCUGCCGAUAGCUACCCAUGUAAUAACAUAAAUGGUAUAACCUGUACAAAUAUGUGGGAUACAUUAUCUGGUUCAUUCUAUAACACUGGACAAGGAAACUCAAUGGUGAUCAACAUGGCUACUCGCACGAUGACUGGGAGAUAUAGAUGUAUCCACGUAGAAUAUGAACCGUCAUCAAAUACUCACUUUGAAACUUACAAAUCUAUACAAUUACAAGUUCAAUAUGGACCAUCAUCAGUAGAAAUAGCACCAUCAUCAGACCCAGUAACAAUAACAAAUGGAGAAUCUUUAAGUCUCGUCUGUUUUUCUGAUUGUCAACCGGAUUGUAAUUAUACAUGGACAUAUAACAAUGUUAUAGUUUCAACUAUUGCUACUUUUAAUAUAGUCUCCAUUACUAAUAGCCAAAAUGGUGUUUAUACCUGUACAGCGACCAACGUCAUAGGUAGUGCGAUUAAAUCUACUAACGUUGCUGUUAAUUAUGGACCAUCAUCAGUUAUAAUAACCCCGACUAAAGAUCCUGUAAUUGUGCAAUAUGGAGAAAAUGUUAAUCUUGUCUGUUCAUCUGAUUGUAAACCAGUUUGUAAUUUUAGAUGGGAAUAUAACAACGUGGUAGUUUCUACAAGUGCUACAUAUACUACCACUAUCACUCUAAAUGGCACUUACAGCUGUACAGCUAGUAAUGCUAUUGGAAGUGUCACAGAUUCUUCAAAUGUUGUCGUUAAAAGUUAUAUAAAAACAGUUGUCGUCCUAUCAGAUGGCACACCAUCAACAAUGGAACCAGGUACCUCAAUAACUAUGACGUGUGAAGCUGAUUGUAUGCCGGUAAAUAGCUGCAGUUAUGUGUGGAAAGACAACCAGAACAACAUUCUCUCAGUGGGAAGGGAGACCACUCUUACUAAUGUAGCGACAUCUGAUGUGGGGACAUAUACUUGUAUGGCAAGUAACGACAUGUCAAAAUCAGCAUCAAUCGAGGUUGCGAUUAAACAUGCACCAGAUGUAGCAAGCAUGGUUAUUCACAGAACACCCAACCUGUCCUCUUAUGACAAGGGAUCGAGUCUAACCUUAAGCUGUUCUGUGAACUGUGUUCCCGACUGUAUAGUUCAAUGGAGUAAAGGAACGACCGUUUUUUCGACUUCCAAUGGUGUUUUGUCUUUAUCAGCUUUAGAAACAGAUGAUGCUGGAACAUAUACCUGUUCGGCUGGUAAUUCAAUGGGCGGCCCAAUCAAGAAAACUACUGAGUUCACUGUUAAAGUAACUAUCUCUGGAACUGGAUCUGGAAACACACCUGUCUUUUCCUGGAUGAUAACCGUGGGAUGUUUGUUAUAUACUUUAAGAAUUUAUUGAUAUGUUAUAUUUUAUUGUUAACUUUGAGAUUUCCCGGUGUCAAUUUGAACUUCAUAACAUAGUAUUUUUUUAUUUUCUUAUAUACAGCCCGUUAUAAGCACACAUAACAAAUACUGAUAAAUAAGUAAUGAAUGAUAGCCGAUGAUUAUAAAGUAAAUUGGCUAUAGCAUAACCUUGCAUUUGCUCAAUUUGGUUUGUUUAUGUGAUGAAUAUAUAUGUAUAAUGGACACUAUUAAAACAGUUUUUUAUCGACAUGAAAUGUAUAUUUUUCGCGACAAAGGUACUUUUAUAUGAUAGUUGUGGGGUAAUAAUGCUAUUGACCUAUAUUUACAGCAAUAAAAAACAUUUUUUGUAA